AUGCUUGAGACGUUUGGAUUCCCUAACAGGAUGAGUAUGGAAGAAAUAUGCCAUUGGAAACUCGUCUCUCUUCGAGGAAAUUCACUUUUAUUCAUCAUAUCCCACUUCGAUUUACCACCCAGCGAUGAUCUUGGAAACUGUUCCAGCUAUCUUGAGAUUACUGAAGCCGAUGGCACAACUAUUCUGCAAAAGUCAUGCGGCUCAGCAGCACUUGGUCGGCAAAUUAUGAUUCACAAUCAUACUGAAGUGAUGAUUACUCUUGUCAUUCAAGAAACUAAUAACAACACACUGGCCAAUUUUAUCGGGAUGAGGAUAGAGUACCAAAUUGUCGGUUGUGUUUAUUCGGCAAAGGAAAUGGGUGACAACCCGACAAACGAGGGUUUCUUCCAAACCCCCCACUACCCGCAACUUAGUAGACUCUCUCAAGACUGUCUUUGGAGGCUUCAAGCAUUGCCGGAUCAUGCCAUUGAGCUGAACAUCGAUGCGAUCGACUUGGCCUCGGCAGAAGGCCAGCCAGACACUGGAUUGGCCGCCUUCGAGUCGGUGACAUACGAUCAACAUGAAUUCGCGGCAUACUUACCGAGGUUUGGUGCUCGGGGAAAGUCGGCCAAGCCGGGUGAAAAGGCGCCUAAAGGAGAGGAGUUGUGGUUCUUGAAUCGUACAAUCCGUGCUGGUCAGGAUGAACCCGGCUCGAAAGCAGGAAUCAGUUUUCUACCUGAAGUCAUCUAUUUCAUAAUGUAA